AUGAAGGAAAAGCGGCAGUCCAAGGUGAGAGUAGAUCUGAAACAGAUUCUGUUCCAGACCCGUGAUGAAAGUCGCAUGCCGAAGAGAUGUACUCUUCGUGCACUGAUAGUUAAACCAGCAAGGAGAAACGGGGUGGACCUGAAGGUUAACUACAGAAAUAUUUGUGGAAGCAAGUCCUGGCCGAUUGCGUGUCAGGAGACAAGGCCCCGCGUGAACUACGAAAAAUGGCCACUCCUCCUGUGCUGCAAAGAGGAGCUGUGCAACGGGGUACCCCCAGACAGCGUAAUGACCACCACGAGCAUCAUCAUCUCCACCCUCAAGUCCGCCUCUCCUUCGCCAUCAGAGGGCGAAAAGGAAAAAGAGAAGUUGCAUCACCUCAGCGCUGAGGACAUCAAGAAGCUGGUGGAUCAGAUAAAUCCUCAAGGCCAAAAUCGGGUGAAUUCCAAUCCUCUAAGGUUAAGCCCCUUAUCUUAUGGGGUCUUAGGUCUGGGGUUGACUAUGAUGAUCGUCGUCGGAUUCGCAGCUUUUUACAUCCUCAGACGAAUGCGAAGCAUGCCGACGAUGAAGAGGAAGUAUCAGGGAGGAGCAUCUGGAUCCGAAUAUGCACAUUUCAUCUCGCCUCCUCCUCACAAGCACUAACCCUUGCACAUUCACUCCUCGUGUCGCCUUCUAGUCCUCUCGAACUGGUCACGAAUAUAAUAUUGAGGAAUGAAUUUGGACGAAAUCUAGCAAAUCCACUAACGGUAGACGAGUGUUUCGUGGUGCUUCCUCUCCCGGUGUAAGUACCUGAUUUCACGUUCUUUGAUUCGAAAUAAAAGCAUGCAAGACCC